AUGCUGCUUGACGAGUCUGUCAAUUAUGGCGUGACGGCCAUCCGCGCAUUCGUCGAAGUAGACGCCACGGUCCACCACCUUUGCCUCGAGGCCGCCGUUCAGCUCAAGGAGGAGUGGAGGGAGAGGUGCCACGUCCAGAUUGUUUGCUUUGCGCAAGAUCCAAUCUUCUCGGGACCGCAGGGUGACGAGAAUAGGAGCUUAAUGGAGGGAGCAAUACAGCGCGCAGAGGUUGACGUGGUGGGAACAACGCCUUACGUGGAGAGUCAUCACGAUGCGUCGAGGCAAAACAUUGAGUGGGCUGUCCAGACGGCAUUGCAGAGUGGCAAGCACGUCGACUUCCAUCUCGACUAUGACCUGGAUGCCGGAAAGGAGCCCUUGAUAUGGCAUGUCGUCGAAACACUCAAGCAGAGCUCGUGGCCCUCAAGGACAAGCAAGAGAGUCAUGAUUGGCCACGCCACUCACCUCAGCCUCUUUUCACACGCCGAAUGGCAACGGCUGGCGAGGCAGGUGACGGACGCCCAGCUCCCCGUCACGUUUGUCGGUCUGCCCACGAGCGACAUAUACAUGGCUUCAGCCCCCGACAGGGAUAAGGCGGACCAGCCGCGAGGAACACUGCCGAUAUGCCGCAUGAUCCGGGACCACGGGCUGGACGCAGUGGUGGGCAUCAACAACGUGGGCAACGCCUUCACACCCUGGGGCAGCUGUGAUCCGCUGGCGCUCGCCUCGCUCUGCGUGGGUCUGUAUCAAGCCGGAAGCCAAGACGACGCCGAGCUGCUCUUCGAGUGUGUGUCGUCGCGGGCUCGGGCCGCCAUGGGUCUGGGGGCAGCGUCGGCUACCGUGGGCGAGGGACAGGCGGCGGAGCUACUUGUGGUUGGCGACAUGCGAAGCGGCCGGGCUGCCGUCGCCGACUUGGUGUGGAAUCCAUCCAUGGCGAGGGAGAGGAGUGUCGUGUUUCGCGGUCGCCUUUCGGGGUGA